GUCCCAUUCAGCAACUAAUGGCGCCAUUACCUUCGAUCAGGAUAGAAGGAGGUGACUAUCCGUUCUUAUCAGUUGGGGUAGAUUAUUUUGGACCCCUUAUGGUCAAACAUGGUAGAAAUACUGAGAAGCGGUAUGGUUGUGUAUUCACUUGUUUAAAAUUGAGAGCCGUGCAUCUGGAGGUGGCAUAUAGUUUUACGACCGACUCAUUUAUCAUGGCACUAAUGAGAUUUGUCAGCAGGAGAGGUUAUCCAAAGGAGAUCUACAGUGAUAAUGGAUCAAAUCUAGUGGGGGCUGAACAUGAACUAAGAAAAUGUCUUCAGGGUUGGGUACAGGAACGUAUACACUCUGAUUUGCUAAGAAAGGGGAUUGACUGGCAUUUCAAUCCUCCGGCUGCUAGUCAUUGGGGAGGAGUGUGGGAGCGCAUGAUUCGCUCUGUACGUAGGGUAUUGAGUACUCUUGUAAAGGAACAACCUUUAACAGAUGAAUGUCUCGAAACUUUCAUGACAGAGGCUGAACGUAUAAUUAACAAUCGACCUUUGGUUCCCGUUACAGACGACCCGAAGGAUCUUGAUGCAAUAACACCAGCGAAACUAUUACUAUUGCGAGAGAAUGUUGCAGAAUUCGCUAACACUCUAUCUAAUGACAGGUAUUCUAAGAGAUGGAAGCAAGCGAACUAUUUGGCACAAGUAUUUUGGAGACGUUGGUCUAAGGAAUAUGUAUCACUAUUGCAGCGUCGUUACAAGUGGACACAACUAGAGAGGAAUAUACGUGAGGGUGACUUAGUAAUGAUAUGUUCUGACUUUUCCGAGAAAAACAAGUGGCCCUUAGGUCUAGUACAAAGAGUGAUACCAAGUAAGGAUAGACUAGUAAGACAGGUAGAGCUGAGGACGAGAAAGGGUAUUCUAGUGAGAGAUAUACGUAAACUGUGUCUUCUUGAAGCGGUAGAUGGUAGGUAGUUAAUCGGAUCCCUAGGCGUACUGGUGUAAGUCCUAGGGAUCACGAGGUUGUCGGUAUAUUGAAUGUUUGUUGUUGAUUGCUUGCGAUGCACAUACUUGG